AUGCCUGGAUUAGAAGCAGCUUUUGAGGUGAGUUAUAGCUACCGCCAUUGUAGAAUAAUAUUUCUAUCGUGCAAUUUCUUCUUUACGACUUAACUUAACUUUGACCUUUGUUUGCAUUUUAAAAAUCUUCGACUCUUUGAAGAUCUAUAGAAUACUGGUUAUUUAUCUGCAUUCGGUUGGACGAAAGGCACAAUAGCGCUAUCCACCGGAUAGUGACUUUUUCAAGCUUUCUCAAAUCAGCCGUUUAUUGGUUUAACCCAGAUUAAAGUUUUGUUUUAUAAACAAAGAAGUUAAGUAAGUUAUUUGGUGGGAGGCAACGACCGCAGCGUGUCCGUUAACGACCUGGGGAUGCUCGUUAGCAAUUCAACUUCUUCAGGAAUAUAACUUCGCACCGAGGAUUUUCAUUAACGCAAAUCCUUCGUCUUUGUGUUAAAAUUAGCAACAAAAACGAAAGAAUUUUCGUAGAAGUAAUUCGUGGAAGAAGUUCGUCACUCAACCAAACUUGGUUGUCAUGAAAAAGAGACUAAACUGUACUUGAACUCAUUUUGCUUUAAUAAAAGUCUUUGGAAGAGUUUACGCUGUCAUGUCCUUUGUUUCAAACUGUACUUUGUCCUACGAAACUUGAAUGGAUUAUUAUGGAUAGUAAACCCCGCGUCUUCUGCACUUCAACCAUGACUAUAAGAUUUUUCACCAGCUUAAUUAGCCGAAUUCUUAUUAAAGAUGGGAAACAGACAAACUCGUCAGGAAACUCUGAAUAUAAAUUUGGGAAUGUCCAAAGAUGGAUUAUUUUUAAUUCUGGGUUCAAAUAUAGGCUACUGGCAGUGUUGAAGUUCAGUGUCUAUUUUUACAUUCAUUACAUGACGCAGCUGUUAUAAAAUAACCGAAUUUACAUUAGAGACGGGAAAUUCGUCUUAGACUGAAAACUCGUGUGAUAUAAAUCCAGCAACAGACGAAUUUUCUCUCUCUAUUUUUCCAUUUAACUUCCCCAUCCGGACUGGAAAGUUAGAUGGGAAUCUCGUCUAGACGAAGUACUCCUCUUAAAAUUCGCAUUCGGACGGAUAAAUGAGACGGAUAAAGCACAUAAAAAACUGGAACUAGAAUUAUAGAGAUAAACAUAUAAAAUCAUAUCGAGAUAAACAUAUAAAAUUAUAUAUAAAACCAAUAAUCUACAACUUCCAUUCGAACAACCGAUGCCUGAUCUUAAAAGAUGCGCUUUCAAAAUCCCCUGGUCACGUUGGUUCCGUUGUUGAUAUAAUGUAGCUAAAUAUAAAAAUAUGUAACUAAAUCUCUCUCCAACUUUAGCCCCCAACAUCAACGAUACCAACAUUCAUUUAUCACGAUGUCGAACAUGAACGCGUCAGCAGUCAUGGCGUCAUAGGUCACGAAGUCCUCAAUGAAGAUGACAGUCCAGUAAGAUUGGAGAUCAGGCAAAGCAUUGAACCCACCAUGAAUCAGGAAUAUAUGUAUGAUUUUGGAAAUGGAAAUAAUAAGACAAAACCGGUAAAUAUGCUAAUUUGUUCAAGGUUAGGUACUAUAAAGCACUAUCGCGCAGCAGAUACAAAGGCUCUUUUCCUCUUUUCGCAGUGGAAUUCAUCAUUUGUUUACUUUUUUCACCCAAUUUCCUUUGAAUAUUUCUAUAUUUUGAAAUAGAAUUUUCGAAUUCAUCUUUUAAUAAUUUUUGUUGAAGCCUUUGUUUCCUUUUUUCUGAAACACUGCCAAGGUGAAUCACGCCAUCUUGGAACAAUAAAUAUUCGAUAUUUCUAUCCCAGGUUGAGUACGAGGACGUAGAAAAACGCCGCGUGAGACGAGAAAGAAAUAAACUAGCAGCGUCAAAAUGCAGAAAGAAACGAAAAGAUCAUGUACGAAAUCUUGUCGAGGUAAAAAUAUCUUGAAUUACUUCUAGUUAAACUAGGAAACAUUGUCGUUUUUUGUUGCAGAAACAUUUAAAGAUCUCCAUUUCCUUCUUGUAUUGUUUUUCUAGUCUUAUGAAGAAUUGGAAGAGUGCAACAAAAACCUGGAAACAGAAAUUGAAAAACUUCAUAGUGAGAUCAGAGAGCUGGAGAAAAUGCUCGAUACACAUCCGUGCACGCGCUUGCUUUAUACAGAGACUGGGAACAAUAUCGUCUUACAAUGA